CAUCGUAGUUGUUAGGUUGUAGAGCAGUCAUUUCCAAAACUUUUUGCAUGUUUCGCGUACAUAUAAUCGAUUAAUAGUCACUGAAAUCCUUCAAAAAACGAUUAUCAUAUCAUCCGGAUCUUUUAUUCACUACUGUGUUGAUCACUUGGGCACUUGCGGUGUAGUGAAAAUUAUGAAAAUUCCUGCAGAUUGAAUAAAUUGCAGCAAAAGUACCAGCUGUGAGUUUUUCGUGUAAAAAAUGUGUGUGGGUAAACGCCCCUGCGAGCCGUGCAGCUUAUGUUUUAUGUUACUUAUUUGAAUAUUUGUGUAUAUGUGUUCUGUUCACCGAAUCGAAGAUAGUUCAAUUCAAAUGUUGGUAUUUUAUUCGGGCCUCGAAGAGGACGUCGUGAUAUCAAGAAGAGUUCGAAUGCUUUUGAGUGAUUAUUGAUAAGAGCAACAGCUAUAACACGUACUACUAAGAGGAGUCUUAUCAGCAGAUACCGCGUUCUGUGCCACGGGAGUCAUCAUCGAUCGCAUAGCCUAAAGAUUCGCAACACAAUGACUUCGUGUCUUACAGAAGACCCCGAUAAGCUGUUGAACGAAUGGCUUGGGGAGUUGGAGAAUUUGAUUGGAGGUUUGGAAGCACCCAGCGCGACAGUAACAUCGUCUGUAGCCAGAUUACGACCCAAAAGUAACACAUUGGCUGAUCGUACCGACUCCUACCGUUUUUCAAUGGCUAACCUUGAAGAAACACACGAAGCUGAGCUGGAUGCAAUCCUAGGCGAGCUUAGCUUGCUAGAGCAACGGGGUGAUUUGCGCCAAGGUCGAAGCCACAGUCGCACUAACUCGACUAUCUCAGCAGCUACAAAUACGACCAUUUCGUCGGAAAGUGGUUGCAGCAGCGUACCGGAUAGUGGUGCAAGUAUCAGUUCUUUACGUGAACCUCGUACAGACAGUCCGGACAAUGAUUCGGCAUUCAGCGACACGGUUUCACUCAUGUCCAGUGAAUCGUCUGCAUCCAGCAGUGUUAGUUCACAUUUGAAGAGUCUCCAACAGCAGGCCCAGAAUACGACAGACUCUGGAAAGCAAGCAAAGAUUCAUCUUGCAUUGCAAAAACUAGAACAAGCCACAGUCAGGCGACUGUUUGUGAAAGCUUUCUCAGCCGAUGGAGCAUCAAAGUCACUUCUAGUAGAUGCCACGAUGAGUUGUGGUCUUGUCACACGACUCUUGGCGGAUAAGAACCACUUACAGAUGGAACCAUCUUGGGCCAUAGUAGAGCACUUACCAGAACACCAAAUGGAACGAUUAUUUGAAGAUCAUGAAUUGUUAGUAGACAAUCUAAUGCUUUGGAGUAGAGAUUCCAAAAACCGAGUAAUGUUCCUUCAGCGACCCGACAAAAUAGCUCUCUUCAAAAAACCGGAACUAUUCUUACCGGGAACUCAGAUGGCACCAGGGAGCGAUCAUGAUGAGCAUACACGGUCAAUGCUGCUCGACGAGUUCUUUUCGGGUAAUAAUUUGAUUCCACUGGAAGGACCACUUUAUUUGAAAAGUGACUCUAAGAAAGGUUGGAAAAAGUAUCACUUCGUCCUGCGCGCAUCAGGGCUGCACUACUACCCUAAGGAUCAGAAAACGCGUUCCGCAAAGGAUUUGUUGUGCCUCGCGCUCUUUGCAGGUCACGAAGUAUACCGAGGAAUCGGUUGGAAGAAGAAGCACAAGGCUCCAACAGAUUACACAUUCGCACUACGAUGUCCGAAGGUUCCACCUGGUGCCAAAGGUAUUCGAUCGGUGAAAAUGCUCUGUGCUGAGGAUGCGACAGUGCUAGAGGCAUGGAUCACUGCUAUUAGAGUUACUAAGUACGGCAAAAAGUUGCUGGACAAUCAUCGAUCUUUAACGGAAGAUUUAGCAAGGGAGGAACUCGAUAAACUAUCAACAGCCCGAAGUGGAUCGAUCGGUAGCAUUGUUUCUUCAGUACCUUCACAGUGCAGUAGUAGUAGCAGUAACAGUAGUAGUAGCGGAGUAAAUCGUUUAGUUCCUGUACACAAUAAUGGCCGUUUAUCGCGUGCAUCAAGUUCAAGCUCCAGCGGUUGUCUAUCCGAUGAAAAUAAUGGCUUCGACUCAGAGUUUCCGACUGGUACCAUUAAGAAACCAUCGAUGAAGCCAAAUCUACCACUGACAUCGAUGACUCGACAACUGAAGGAAGUUGGAGAGACAACACGACUGAAUGACACCUCGCCGGCAUCUCCCGAACGAGGAGGUACUUUAACCAGGCGCCACAGCCGUAGAAGAAGUGAGGAAAGCAAUAACAGUGGAACAUUGAAGCGAAGACCUGCCAACAAUCGGGGAUCAGUAGAGAGUAUGAGUUCUUCCACUUCAACUCCUACACCAACUCCCGUAAACAGUGUUCCCGGAACGCCUGUUAAUCAGCAACAGAUGCCAAUACUAGUUAAUAAUAAUAAUAAUAAUUUAACUAUUACCGAGAUCAAUACUCCUCCUACGCCAGCAAAACCGAUAAACGCGCUCGAAGCAAUGCCGGCGUGUAUGACAGAUUCAACAUUCUCACUGCCACCACCUCCAGACGAUCUCGGAACAAAUUUCUCAGGUUCAACAUUAUCGCUGGACUCGCUGCCUCCACCUCCGCCACCAAACGAAUUAGACAAUAGUUUUAGUGGAUCUCAGUUGUCGUUAGUGAGUGUGCAAAUGCCGCUGCCUCCGCCACCACUGUUGAACAUGCAGUCCGUCGUACAAUCACAAGCUGUCAUUGAAAAUGUGAAGCAGGCAUUGCAAGACAUUGCGAAUGAGGCUCAAUCAAACAGUUCCACAUCACAAGACGUAACUCCAACUAACGAGAAUCUCGAAGUUACUAGUAGCAUUAAACAAUCAAUUAUGAAAUUUAAUAGUCAAACUUUACCAACUCCAGCACCAACUAACUCUAUUAAAAUAGAACCAAUUUAUUCAAAAACUAUGAAACCUUCGGCACUCAAGGCACCUCCAUACAAAGCUCCUCCACCAUACAACGGAGAUGUGGCUGUAAGUCAGUCUCCGCCACCAUCUGUUUCGAACAAGAGUGUCAAGUUUGCCGAUUCUCCAGUGCUCCUCAGGCGCAAAGUUUGCUUUGAGGAUGAAGUUCACGAGGCUCAAUACUCACCGCGUAGAACUUCUAGAGACGUUUACUCGACCCCCCCAAUACCGCCUCCAAGAGCGGAAGCCACGCGACUUUCGACCUCGUAUACUUCUCCAAAGCGUUUGAGCGAUUCGGCGUCAAAUCCUCCGAGAGACUUUCUCAAAGACCUGCAAAGGGUAAUGAACAAAAAAAUAUCUCAAAAAUGUAAACUGGAGCCGGCCACAACGCCUCACGAAGUUCUUGGAUUCCGUGAUUUACCGAAUGAAAAUCAUUCAUCUCACUACUACAGGGAAUCGGCUAAUGUUAGCCACUGGGUCCAAGAGCAUUAUGGUUCCGACGCACUAUACGAAAAUCUCGGAAUCAAUUUGGGCAUGGAACCCGUACCAGCAGCACACUUGCAAAGUGCAGGUUCGAUUAAAAAAAGGCCUCCACCGCCUCCUCCAAAGCGAAGUGAGAAGACACAGCUUACAACAACGACGCCACAACAAAGGUUAUAAGAUUGGGCCAUUCUCGGCUUUUCAAACUGUCUGUUGACGGUAAGAAAAACCGUUCGUUGCCAGCGGUUGGAAGGAUCCUCUUGCAAUGUUAGUGAAGUGUAAAUAUAGAAUGAUAUUUGUGUAGAUUGGAAUAGGGAAAUAAGGGGAAAACGGCACUCAAUAGUGUCAUAAGAUGGCUGCAAUAUGAUUGAACCGAGCAAAUUGAGACUGCGUGGGACUAGAAAUAUUUUCAAAAAUGUCAAAUCGAAAACAUUUAAAUAAAUUAAAAAAAAAACAGGCUUAAUAUUUCCAGUAUCCGCAAAAAAACGUGAUUGUGAUGGAUUUUAUAGAAAGCGACAUAAUUUAUUAUCAUGAAAAAAUAAAUAUAUGACAAUUAAAUAAAGCUACAGAGCGGUUGUACGAAACUAUGAACACAAAAAUUGAUGAAAACCGCUUAAAUCGAAAAAUAAACUAGACUCCGUAUAUAUUUAUGUUAUUGCAAUAAUUUGAAUGAUUUGAAACAGUUAAUUAUCUUUCUGUGAAAUUUCCCAAUAAACGUCGAUGGUAUGCAAUGAAAGUAAUAAAUAAGGAGUAGAAGUUGUAAAAAUAUUAUGUUAUAAUUCUUAUGAUUAUGUGUCAUUACGAAUUUAUUUCCCAAACAAGUGGGUGUAAAAAUAUACAAAUAUUUGUAAAAUGUUUAUCAAACAACAAAAAGUGCCAUAGGCUAAUUGUGGAAAAUAAAAAUAAAAGCUACAUUUCCACUCAGUACUAUUUAUUGCAUCGAGUCCAUAUUCCGCACUUCUCAGAAGGAUUAUUGAAAACAAAACAAUCUCCUUUGCAAAAAUUUUACUCUAAAUUAUUCUUCGUUUUGUGUUAAUCAUCACCAAAGCUAGCACUAGCGUAAAAUCAUCCAGGCUAGCAAAUUUUACCAGCGUGUAAUAAUAUUGCAGUAAUGCGAAAUUAAUUUAGGAACAUGAAUUAUACUGGAUGAAGUUUUACAUCAAAAUAUACACAUAACAUUUUUGAAUCAAAGGUUUUGUAGUGUCCACGUAUUGGACAAUAAAAUAUACAACAAAAUAUAAUAAUAUAAAAUUGGUGCUUUCGAAAAGAAACAAUAUUCAACACAUAAAAUUCCGAAGAGCCAACUGCUAAUCGUUGCUUAUAAAAGGUAUGCAAAUUAUUAUAUCAUAAUUGGAGCAAUUAUCGAUUAAUUCAAAAUUCACUUCACAUAAGCAAGAUUCUAUUAAAUCCAAUACAACACAAAACUAAAAUAAAACACACUGAACCCUCAAAACGGUGUCGAUAGAACCGUCUGAAAUAUUAAGGUGGAAACAACAAUACAAAACAAACCGUCUAAACUAUUAAAAGUUGUGCCACUAGCAAAAAACUCUGCAAGUAUGUAAAGAACGAGUAUAUUGUGUCGUGAAUUAUAAGAACAGAACGAGUUAGAACGAGAGUAUGAGAGAAAGAGUAAACGAUGAAUGUAAACUGGGAAAAGAGAUAUAUUAAGUAAAGAGGAAAAUUUGAGGUGGAAAUUCAAUUUUAUGAAUUUACAAUACUUCCAAGCGAUUAAAUUUGUUUGUGCUACAAAUCGCAACUCGAUUUGAUUUGUAUAGCAGUUGCGAAAGAGUUCGAACUAUGUCAAAUAAAUAAAUAACUACAGUAAA